AUUAUCAUCUGAAGGAUAUCGUACUCUGGUCUGAUGCGCCUGGUUUCCCAUGGUACGUGACGACGUCAGAGUACGUCUCUGUGAUCAUGUGUUUAAAAAGCUUAUGAACCUACGCUUCAAAAAAAGGAUACAAUGACACUAUAGUUUCUAUUCAGAUUUGGAAGUCCUGAUGCAUAAUUUUACUUUUGUUAGGCAAUUGCGACGUGAAUUUAAUCAAUGUUCGAAUUGUGUCAGUUCCAGUGUUGCGAAUAGUGAAGGGAAUUCGGGCUAAUUUCUUCGUAAUCCGCAACUUGUGCGAAAUAUUGCGCAGUUGAUUGGGUGUUUUCUUAUCAAGUCGGGUAUCUGCAAUAAAAUGUCUAUGGUUUUGCGGAAUUCUGUGAGCCAAGUCCAGAAAAAUAAUAUUUCGUAAGUUGGCUGUGAAUUUCCCCGAGGAAAAUGUCAGUCGUGCUCGUGUGAAAAUGGACGAUUCAAGACUUUACUCAACCGUGUGAAGAAUGAUUCUCUGAUAAGUAUAUUACCUUUGAAGCAAAAAUUUACAUUAAGCAGCGAAAAUGAUGGAUAUAGAUCAAGAAACUGUUUACGGCACCCAUGAGGAUUCUCAUGUGGUUAUGUCAGAAAAAGUCCAAUCUCUCGCAGGGAGUAUUUACCAAGAAUUUGAGAAAAUGAUAGCGAAGUAUGAUGAAGAUGUCGUGAAAGAUUUGAUGCCUUUAGUAGUGAAUGUUCUCGAAUGUCUUGAUCUUUCGUACACCGAAAAUCAAGAGCACGAGGUCGAAUUAGAACUGUUACGUGAAGACAACGAACAGCUGGUGACACAGUAUGAAAGAGAGAAACAACUCCGUAAAAAUUCAGAACAGAAAUUAUUGGAAUUGGAAGAUGCUGGAGAGGAUGAAAGAAAAGAUCUAGGCGGAAAAAUAGAAAGCCUAGAGUCAAUUGUACGCAUGCUUGAAUUAAAAGCAAAAAACGCCUCAGAUCAUGUUGCACGCCUUGAAGAGAAAGAAUCAGAACAAAAGAGAGAAUAUUCCAAAUUACAUGAAAGAUAUACUGAAUUGUUUAAAACACACAUGGAUUACAUGGAACGUACAAAGCUGUUAAUGGGAAGUGCAGAACGUUUGGAAGGAGCUGUACGAGGUGCUAGGCCUUCCAUGAGCCUUGGCCCGCUGAACAGGCCGUCAGGACCAAAUUCAUUUGGCUUUGGAUCUUUGGAUCCUGGAUCUCGAUCUGUUGGGAGUCCUAGUGAGUUUAUUGCUCCUGUUUCUCCACCAGACAGCAACCAUUCAAAUACAAGUCUGCGAAAUGAAAUGCAGGGAACUCAAGUGGAAGCCCAAGAAGAAACCCCAAAGAACAAAGAAACAUCUGAGAAAGGUCAGCUAACUGAUGCAGUUACUUUGGAACACCGCGGCACUGUCACAAGAGGAGGUUGGGUUGAUGGUCUCAGCCCUGAUACAAAAGAAUCUACUCCUGAAUUGGAAGAUCGAAGUGGCAAUACUUUAUACCAAGAGCUGAGUUUUCAAGAUGCUGAAGCUCUGGGCGAAAUGGAUGAAGGUGCUGAUAUAACAGGCAGCUGGGUGCAUCCAGGAGAGUAUGCUUCAUCUGGAAUGGGGAAAGAAGUGGAAAAUCUCAUUCUGGAGAAUACAGAACUUCUCGCUACUAAGAAUGCUCUGAACAUUGUCAAAGAUGAUUUAAUUGUGAAAGUUGAUGAAUUAACAAGUGAGCAAGAGAUCUUAAGGGAAGAAAUAAAAUCAUUACACACUUUAAAGAACAAGCUGAAACAACGCAUUCAGGACUUGGAAGAAGAGCUGAAAAGAGCAAAGGAAGAGGCUGAGAAAGCAGCAAAAGCAGCAAAAUCUGACGAUGAAGAGGAUGUUCCUAUGGCUCAACGUAAACGAUUUACACGUGUUGAAAUGGCACGAGUCUUAAUGGAGCGCAACCAGUACAAGGAGAAAUUCAUGGAACUUCAGGAAGCAGUUCGUUGGACAGAAAUGAUACGUGCUUCACGAAAUGACUCAACAUUAGAUAAGAAAAGUAAACAAAGUAUAUGGAAAUUUUUCAGCAACCUUUUUAGUACACCAGAGCGGCCUCAACGGAAACCUUUACCAUAUGUGAAUGUUCGUUACAAUGCUCCUACUCACCAUGUUGCGCCUGCUCUAGAGAGCAUGCGUAAAAGAUCUCUUACUGAUAGGAAGCGAGGUCUUGAUUAUCUCGAUGGUGAAAUAUCAUCUGAAAAAUUGGCGCAGCGACGUGCUACUGAGCGUCGUGAACAGUACCGCCAAGUAAGAGCCCAUGUACGCAAAGAUGAUGGUCGCUUACAAGCUUAUGGUUGGAGCCUUCCUGCAAAAGUGUCUUCAAAUACAGUUAGCCAACAGUCAUCUGUUACGCGACUUACAAGCUCUAGCCAUGUACCAGUGCCAGUGCCUGUAUACUGUAGACCACUACAGGAGAAAGAGCUUGGCAUGAAGAUCUGGUGUGCGGCUGGUGUGAACCUAAGUGGAGGUCGCACAAGGGAUGGUGGAAGUAUUGUAGGAGCAAGUGUGUUUUAUACUCGCCCUGAAGGAGAAGAGAAAGGAGAAGAAGAGCAACAAGAAAAAGUAUUGAGUGAAAUUGAUAAAUUGAAUCAAGAACUUAAGCUGGAGCAGCAGUUGUCGUCUCUAGUUUGGAUUUGCACCAGCACACACAACAUCAGUAAAGUGACAGUGAUAGAUGCCAACAAUCCUGCUGAUAUACUUAAGAGCUUCAAUGUGCCCAGUUCAAGAUUGUUGUGCAUUGCUAGUGUGCCAGGUGCUAAAGAAAGUGAUUACCUUAGUACUGAUGAAGAACUGAACAAUAAAAUUAUAUUGGAGCAGACUGAGCAGGAGAAAGAUGUCAAAGUUGAUCAGGCAGACAACCAAGAAUCGGAAGAUGGUGAUGGAGAUAAUGAUGUAAAUAUUGGAAAGAUAACCUUUGUAAGCUGUGCUACUGGCAGUGAAGCUCCAGAUCAGUUACCAAACAGUAGUAAUAAAGAUUCAUUGCUUACUUCUGAAUCUGAAGGUGAAAGUGGUGAUACCACACCAGUUCGUAGGUUAGUAAAAGAGGUAUCUGGUGUUGUAAAAGAUGGUGUCUCCGAGCUUCCUAAAGAAAAUGAACAUGCAUUUGAAGAGUUGGAAAAGAUGAGCAGUGUAUUACCCACAAUGUGGUUAGGUGCACAAAAUGGUACUAUAUAUGUUCAUUCAGCAGUGGCUCAGUGGAGUCAUUGCAUACACUCUGUAAAAAUGAAGGAUUCAGUUCUAAGUAUUGUGCAUGUGCAGGGACGCGUUCUAGCUGCCAUUGCAGAUGGUACCGUGGCUGUUUUUCAACGUGGUCUUGAUGGUCAGUGGGAGCUAAGUAGUUACCACUUGGUGAGCCUUGGCAAACCACCAAACUCUAUACGUACUAUGGUUGCUGUGCAUGGAAAAGUAUGGUGUGGAUAUCGCAAUAGAAUUCAUGUAUUGAAUCCACGCACAUUAAGUGUAGAGAAAUCAUUUGAUGUUCAUCCUCGUAAAGAAAGCCAGGUGCGACAAAUGGUAUGGCUUGGUGAUGGUGUGUGGGUGUCUAUUCGAUUGGAUUCAACGUUGAGACUGUAUCAUGCUCAUACCUACCAACAUCUCCAAGAUGUGGACAUAGAACCCUAUGUCAGUAAAAUGCUAGGUACCGGUAAGCUCGGUUUCUCCUAUGUCCGCAUUACGGCUCUUCUGAUUUCGUCAAAUCGCCUUUGGAUUGGCACUGGCAAUGGUGUUAUUAUUUCUGUACCUUUGUCUGAACAUGCAGGCAACAGGGCAAAUAGUAAUAACCCCACCAAUAAUCCUCGUGGUCCUGGGGGUGUUGUACGUGUUUAUGCUGAUAAUAGUAAAGUGUAUCCUGGAAGUUUUGUUCCAUAUUGUUCAAUGGCACAAGCUCAACUCUCAUUUCAUGGUCACAGAGACUCUGUGAAGUUUUUUGUUGCUGUACCUGGUAAUGGAGGUUUAUCUACCCCAAACAGUACAUCUAAAGAAACCCCUAUUAUUGAGAACAUGGACAACGAUAGCUUUGAGCCAAAGAAACCUGCUUCAAUGCUGGUGAUGUCUGGAGGUGAAGGUUACAUUGAUUUCCGCAUAGGUGAUGGUGAAGAAGAGGAAGGAAUGGAUGGAAGUGGUGAGCCCCAGCCUGUUCCUCAAGAACAGGAACUGGAGAGCCGGGGAGAACGUAGCCAUCUCAUUGUGUGGCAAGUGACAGUGCAAGACUAAAUGCACUGGUGAGGCAGCUUUUCAGCAGGUACAGGCAGUUAUCUGUGAUGUCUGUCCACUGCACUGAGAAUAAAGUUAGGGCACAUUUAAUUAUUUUCUAUGAAUUUGCUGAGAAUAAAUUAUUUUACUGGAUGGAGUAUUUCUAUCUAAUGUGUAUUUGUGUGAUGUGUAAUAAAUGAUUCUGGCUAUCAUGCAUUUGCAGUGGAAUGUUUUAUCAGUGAGCAUACAUCCUCUGUUGAAGUAUGGUGCAAGCAUUAAAUAAAUGCCUAUGUAAUUCUACUGUUCUCUGUAGAGGUACAUAAAUUUUAAGUCUUUUUCUAAUUUCAAGUCUUUUGUAAUUAGGCUUUGGAAUCCUUAUUAAAAACUCCAGCAUGUUUGUCUCUCUUCCUUUGGUGUUCUUUUUCACCAAAUGUGUGUGCAGAGCAUUUUGACAUUAGGGACAUUGGUAGUUCUACUCCAUGCCAGCUUUUUUCUAUAAGAAGGUGCCUCAUUUAUCAUUCACCCCUGUAGCUGUCAUCCAUUAAUGCUAUUUGUAAUUUCUAGAGAAUUUGUUGUAAUCAAAGCAAAACUGGAUGAUGUGCCCUGUACUGUCAUGCACUUAAAAAUACUAUUCAUCAUGUAGUGCUCAUUAUUUAGAAUCUAAUGAUAGAGAGAUAAACGGAAGGAAACAUAAAAUUUAUAUUUCCAUGGUGCAUACAAAAGAAUCACUUGUGAUUCUAACUGUGCUUUCUGUGAGGCUUGUGGCAGGAAAUUUUAGUUAAUUUCAUCGUCUAGUAUUUUUUUAUUCUUACACUACUGAGUAUAAUUCUAGAAUUAAUCACAAUACCAAAUUCUAAAAUUAUGUAGUAUCAAAAAACAGAAUCUUCUGACCAUUCUUCACUAUAUCAUUGUGUAGCCUAAUUCUCAAUAAUGUUCCUAGUAUCGAAAUUACUACUAACCCAUUGAUGCUUUUAUUAUUACUACAAUUUCCUGCCUCUGCCCUAGCUUAUGAUGAUAAAGAGCUUUAGCUCUUUGUUGUAUUCAAUUUUUGUAUUUUGUAACAUGGAAAAAGAAACUUGGCUGUUAUAGCUGAAUGAUGAUGAGUGUUAUUUAAACCUAUCAGUCUCAAUAAUUGAAAAUAAUUUUUAUUAGAGCCGUGAAAACAUCAUUUCUGCAUCCAAAUUAUGCAAAAUUGGUGUGCAUUCGUAUUCUGUGUUUGGAAAUGAAUUGUUUUGCCGUAAAAUAACAAAAUAUUAAAUGAAAAGUUUUUUGAUAUGAUAUUUGAUAUACCCUUAUUAUCAUAAACAUUUCAGCCAAGGUUAAAAAAUUUGAAAAUAAUCUUUAACAAUGGUACGUCAGUGAUUGCAAAUCAACAAAUUAAUUGCCUCUAAGUGAUAUUUUCUUUCUUCAUUGUUAGAAAGUGAUAGGGCCUUCAAUGAGCAGUGUCAUUGGCAAUCUUCCAGUGAACUGAUUGGCUUUCGAAGAUUGAAUUCAUUCUUUUAUUGUAUACAAUACAGAAGUAGUGUUCAAAUUAGAUUUCUACGACCUUCUGUGAGGGUCAGUUUUGUUAAUUUUAUAUUUAUUUUUUGAUAUGAAUUUGUUUCUAUAGAUGUACCAUAAUGAACUUGUGUAUAAUAAUUAUUGCUGUGGUAGACAUGCUGUGCAUAGUCACCUGUUUUAUUGUGUGGCAAAGAGAUAGGAAUGAGUGCAUUGUAAUAAGAAUGUUUGACAUAAAAUCAGAUUCUUUGACCUGUCAAAAAUGACAUUCGAAUUUGUAUAUUUUUUUUUAAAAAAACCUUUAUUUAUAUGAAGAAAGACUAAUGUCUAAUUUGAAAUGGACGUGGUGUUGCAUGUACAUUUUUGGUUGUAAUAUAUUUUCUAAUGACUUGAUAUAAUUGUGAUAUUUAUUUUUCUUUUGCUUCUUAACCAAAGAUCAUGUUAUGUUAAUAAUUUGCAUAUGUAUAUUUGUUUUUACCAAUGUAUGAAUAAAAUCAAUGAAAUUUAUA